CUUUUGACCAAUAAUCUUGUGUGAAGCACUGUCCGCCCCUGUAAAGUUCACUAUAAAAGUUAGGCUAUUCGGGCAAUAAAAUGGAGCAGCAUGAUCUGACUCAACUGGUGUCUGUCGUGCUUUCGGCUGUGCUUCGCAACAAAUGGCGCCCGACAGGCUGGGACCCGAACAGGCUGAGACCUGAACAGGACCUGAACAAACAUCGCAGCCGGAGCAGGACAUCGCAGCAGCGGAGCAGACAUCGCAGCCGAGCACGGACAUCGCAGCGGCGCCGGGACAAACAUCGCAGCGCAGCGGGACACCAGCGGCGCCGGCACUUCCGAACGCAGGUAGACCAGGAGACCAGCGGCGUCGGGACCAGCGGCGUCGGGACCAGCUGCCGCCGGGACCAGCGCCGGGGUCGCAGCGCCGAGACUGAGACAUCGGAGCGCCGCCGGGACAUCGGAGCGGACAUCGGAGCGGCGCUGCAGCUGACCAGACACCGAGCCGCACACGCUGUACACAGGACUCACGGCCCUCCCCUCAAAUGGCUCUCAGCGCCCUGCAGCACACGGACCCAACUAAACCAUGGCCCGCUCCUGGCCGCUCCUUGCCAGCACUGGGCCAGACAAUUCUCCAUGCCCUACAGGACAGGUAAGAUCGCCCCAACCCACACCCACCAGGCUGCAACAGCAAGCAGGAAGGUGACAGAAUCGGGCCAGGACGGGAGUCAACCGUUGCAUCAGGAUGACGGGGCACGGACAGCCUUGGUGAGUCGCUAGAGACCCUCGGGCACAGAGGCAGGGGCUGCCCAUGGUCACAGGGGGAUGCUGCUCCCUUUGGUGUUUCUUCUCCUUCAGCUAGAAACACACAGGGAUGAGACCACACCACAGCAGACUCCUGGCCGCUCUCCGCUUGAGAACCUGUACAGAAAGAAUGCCGACACUCUACCGGACAGGUAAGCUACCCCCAACACAUUCCCCAGCACGGUCUCACCACACUAAGUGGGAACGGGACACAUUGAAGCUACAACAAACAUCUCCUGGACAUCAGGAAGAUGUGAGAUGGAUGGCACUAUUUGGAGACUGGGAGAGACUCACACAGGGAAGAAGGGACGGCUUCUGAUGCUGACAGGGAGUGGCUCCUUGGUUUGUUGCCUCCUCUAUUACAGCUGGACACACUGACAGCGAGCAAAUGAAGCCAUGGCACACUCCUGGCCUCUCCCUUUGAGAAGUCAUCUAGAAAUGUGUCAGCGUUCUCCAGGACAGGUAAGAUAGCCCCAACCCACACCCCACCACAGUCUCAGAGUAAGCAGGACAGUGACACGCUCAGGCCAGGACAGCAGUGACCACUCCAUCAGGACGACGGGACACGGACAGCCUUGGUGAGACGCUAGAGACCCUCGGGCACAGAGGCAGGGGCUGCCCGUGGUCACAGGGGGAUGCUGCUCCCUUUGGUGCUUCUUCUCUUUCAGCUGGAAUCACACGGUGGUGUGACCAGACUGCAACACAAUCCUGGUCUCUCUCUCCUUAAGAACUCAGCUGGAAGGGAGAGCUGCCAACGCUCUCCAGGACAGGUAAGAUCACCCCAACCCACACCCACCAGGCUCUAACAGCAAGCCGGAAGGUGACACGAUCCGGCGGGGACACCAGGGACCGCUCCGUCAGGAUGACAGGAGACAGACGGAUGUGGUGAGAUGCUCAAAACCCUCGGGCACAGAGGCAGGGGCUGCCCGUGGUCACACGGGGAUGCUGCUCUGUUGUUCCUUCUCUUCUUAAAGCCAGAAACAGACAGCGAUGGGACCAGACCAUGGCACACUCCUGGCCUCUCUCCCCUUGACACCUCAGCUGGAAAAUGUGUCAACGCUCUACAGGACAGAUAAGCUACCCCCAGCCUAUUCCCCACCAUGGUCUCAGCGCCUGUGCAGUUGGUAAAACAUGGGUAAUUCUUGGUCAACACAGAGCAGCUGGAUGGACGGCACUGUUGUGAGGCUGGGAGAGUCUUAGGCUGGGAGGCAGGGGCUGCUCCUGGCCACAGGGGAAGGCUGCUGCCCUUUGGCUUUCUCUCUUACAGCUGGAAACACACACGCUCUAAGAUGUGUGUCUGGGGAUGGGACCAGAACACGGCACAACCUGGCCUCACUGCCCUCGACCACUCAACUGAAAGGAAGAGCUGCCAUCGCUCUCCAGGACAGGUAAGAUCGCCCCAACCCACACCCAACAUGGUCCACAGCAAGCAGGAACGUGACAGAAUCGGGCCAGGACAGAAGUGACCUCUCCAUCAGGACGACGGGACACAGCCUCGGUGAGUAGCUGGAGACCCUCGGGCACACAGGCAGGGGCUGCCCGUGGUCACAGGGGCUGCUGCUCUGUUUGGUGUUUCUUUUCUUUCAGCCACAAACACAGCGAUGAGACCACACCACGGCACACUCCUGGUCACUCUCCCAUUGAGAACUCAGACAGAAGAGCUGCCAGCGCUCUCCAGGACAGAUAAGAUCGCCCCAACCCUUUCCCCACCACAGUCUCACUGCCUGCGGGAAGGUGAUGGGCCUGGCCCAACACGGCUGACUCUUGGCCAUGAGGGAGACCCGGGAUGGACAGCCUUGCUGUCAGGCUCACAGAGCCUCUCCCGGGGAUACAGGGGCUGACCCUGGCAACAGGCUGGGGCUGCUCUUUUGGAUCAUUUUCCUUUCGCACCCCAUCACAGAGCCCCGAGCACAACAACGGCUGCCACUGUCCUCUUCCUCCGCGGCCGCUGACCUGAAGGCUGGGGCAGCGUUCUACACCCACAGCCACCAAAGGAGCAGGAAGCACACAAGGAUCCCGUCCCUACCCGGCCAUGGGCCUACAAGCACACCAACGGGCCCCGCAGCUAUGGACCAAGAGAGCUCAGCACGCCUCCGUGCCACCCCACCCCACCCCACUCCACCCCUCUCAAACCUUGCUGAAAUAAAGCUUCUGAUUCACAACCUCA